AGGAGGAGACAGGAGACAGGUGGAGAGGGAGAGAUAUCAAGGAGGAGAGCCACAGAGAGAAGCAGAGAGGGGAGAGAUAGUGAUGAAAUAUUUGUGAGAAUGUUUCACAUUUGCUGGAUGGAUUUCUCCUUUGCAUGAUAUCUGCCGUACUUCUUGGUUCUUUGAUUUUCUCUGCAAACUUCAUUCUGGCUAAAAAAAAACUCUAAUUGAACAGCAAUGCAGCAAAUGUGGCUUUCUCUACUAUCCGGCCUGUGCCUUCACCUGGUUUUCCUUUGCACUGCCGAGGAAGGUCUCGAGUUCCCUAAUUUUGACGGGAAGGACAGGGUGCUGGACAUCAGCGAGCGCAACUACAAGAAGGCUCUGAAGAGGUACGACCUGCUGUGCCUGUUCUACCAUGAACCACUGCCUGCCAACAAGGGCCUGCAGAAGAGGUUCCAGAUGACAGAGCUGGUGCUGGAGCUCACAGCUCAGGUCCUGGAGAACAAAGACAUCGGUUUUGGGAUGGUGGACUCCCAGAAAGACGCCAAAGUAGCCAGAAAACUGGGUCUGGAGGAGGUGGGCAGCUUGUACGUCUUCAAGGACGACCGCGUCAUCGAGUUUGAUGGGGAGCUCUCAUCAGACACACUGGUGGAGUUUCUGUUGGAUGUGCUGGAGGACCCUGUGGAAAUGAUCAAUAAUGCCAUGGAGCUGCGAGCCUUUGAGAGGAUGGAGGAGGACAUCCGUCUGAUUGGCUACUUCAGAGGAGAGGAUUCAUACUACAAAGCUUUUCAAGAGGCGUCAGAACGUUUUCAACCUUACAUCAAGUUCUUUGCUACGUUUGACAAAUCUGUAGCCAAACAUCUGUCUCUUAAGAUGAACGAGGUGAACUUUUAUGAGCCGUUCAUGGAGGAGCCGGCCAUCCUGCCUGGCAGACCUCUGACAGAGAUGGACAUUGUGGAGUUUGUCAACCAACACAGAAGAGCUACUUUGAGGAAGCUCCGGGCAGAGAAUAUGUUUGAAACAUGGGAGGACGACAUGGAUGGAAUACAUAUUGUUGCGUUUGCAGAGGAAGAAGAUCCAGAUGGCUAUGAGUUCCUAGAGAUCCUGAAAGACGUGGCCAGAGACAACACCAACAACCCUGAGCUCAGCAUCGUCUGGAUCGACCCUGAUGAUUUCCCACUGCUGACCACUUACUGGGAAAAAACCUUCAAGUUGGACCUGUUUAGGCCUCAGAUUGGUGUGGUGAACGUAACAGAUGCGGAUAGCGUGUGGCUGGACAUGUCCAACGACGAGGACUUGCCCACCGCCGAGGAGCUGGAGGACUGGAUAGAGGACGUCCUGUCGGGGAGGGUGAACACUGAGGACGAUGACGAGUCUGCUGACGACCAGGAAAGCCCCGACAGCUACUUGACAGAGGACAGCUCCGAAAGUCAUGACCCAGAUGAGGAAGACGACAGUGACGAUUAAAUGGAGGAAUUAUGGGCUGGCGUCAAAAUAUUGAACAAUUUGAAAAUCAUUUAAAAGUGAAAUGAAAAGUAAAUUCAUGGUCUCCCCAAAAAAAAAAAACCCUGUAUUCUAGACUCUGUAGACUGUGGUUGAAAUAGUUGAAGGUCGUAAUUGGAAAUUUAUGGCCCAGUUUAUAAUGAAGUUAGCACAGUGCUGGGAGCAGAAAAUUCUCCUGUGUUCACCGAGGAUCAAGAUAUCAGAACUUUCUGUGUCGCAUACAUGUCAGUUAAAGCUCCAUUUAUAGAUUUAGGCCAAUUGGGGACAUCACAACUAAACAUAAACACUGACAUCACCCUUUAAGUUGCCCUAACAGCAACACUGGCUCAGGCCAAACGUCCAACUUUCACUCCCCUUUUAGCUCUGUUUUGGUCUCCACCGACCCCUGAGAGAAAUAUCUGGCUCUUCAGUCACCAAACACUCCAUUAUAUUCACCAGCUAGUCGCUAACUUGUCUGCUGUUUGGUGCUAGCAGUGGGUUUUGGGAACUUUUUCACUAGAAAUAGGAAUUAUGCUGAGCUGCGAGAGUGAAUCAAAAACAUCAAGGCUGCGAGGCUGUAAAACCAAAACAAUGAGCUGAAAGACGCUAAAAUGUUGCGUAGAUGUAAAGGUUUGGCGAUAAGUCUUUGCGAGUUCACAGAAAAUAUUUAUUAUAGCAGUUUUAAGAUUGAGGAAAAUGAUUAGAUAAUUAAGAUUAAUCUUAGUUUGUGGGUAUCGAUGUUGUUCUUAGUAGCAUAGUACUUGAAUUUUUGUGAUUAAUUCAGGACAAAUUGAAAUGAUUGAAUUAAAAGAACGACACAUAAAAGUAUUAAAAGCACUUUUUUGAUUAUGUAAAACAGUGUUAAUAAAAGUACACAAUGAAUACGCGCAACUCUUUUUUAAUUUGAA